AUGUGCAACUGUGCAAGCCGCAACUGAAUUGAACUCUGUUUUUCGUGGACUUGCUCAACUUAUUAUCUGGGAAUCUCAAUCAAAAAGGAAACUUUGUUUGAAUUUUGUGUUCAUUAUUGAAAAUUCACAUGAAUACGUAGUUGUAAACCGAACUGCGUGGUCAAACAUGGCAAGCCUGCCUUGUUUUCAAGCCAAACUACAUCUACCGAGAGGGCAGCUGGUUUGGACAAAGUUUCAGCGGUUGCACGUAUUGGAAGCCGCCAGAAGUACAGGGGUCGGAGCUUCUACCUACCCGCUGGUGGCGAUAAUUACACGGAGUACAGCAACAUCGACUACGUGCGAUUUAGGGAGUAGAACAAAGGCAAAGCCACAUCAAAAUGACAGCCGUUUAAUGAUUUUUCGUGAGUUCAAACAAAAUUUUAGGAGACAGAGCAUUAGAUCGUACUCAUCUUCCAAUAAAUUUCAUGUUUCAAAGGUUCUUGUUGUUCCCAAAACGACAAGAUACAUGUUUGAGAAACAGCGCUUCGGUGGAGUUGAGACAGAAGAACGAAUCAGACAAAGGCUGAUGGAGAGAGGAUCAGACCUUGAUUUUCUGAAGGAUCGUCAUAGAGUUCACACAGACAAUACAGAGAGGUGCACAGACAUUCUAAAAAAACUUGGUUUAGAGACAAGAACAGUUGAUCGCUACCACUUCAAUGAUGAUGCGGUCAGGUGGGCGGACCUCAUCGUGUCGAUGGGAGGAGAUGGAACAUUCCUCCUUGCUGCAAGUAAAGUUUUGGACCAGACGCCGGUGAUAGGGGUCAAUACUGACCCUCAGGGAUCAGAGGGUCACUUGUGUCUUCCUAACAGAUAUACCUUUCUAUUUGAAGAUGCAUUGAAGAGGAUACUGUCUGGUGAUUUCAGGUGGAUGAGACGUCAGAGGAUACGAGUGACCGUUGAUGGCUGCAUGGUGAACAAAGAUCCCAUUGAUCUCCAUGAGCUUGAGCUUAGUUUCCCAGAGCACUAUCAUACCCACUGCCAGCAGGAGAGGCGCAUGCAUCAGGGACUUGAUUGCAUGGUCAAGGGACCACGAGUACUGCCUGUUAGAGCACUCAACGAGAUCUUCAUUGGAGAGUCAUUGUCUUCCAGAAUGUCUUACUAUGAGAUGUCAGUGGAUGAUGGUCCGAUGGAGAAACAGAAGAGUUCAGGGGUGACCGUUUCAACAGGAACAGGAUCAUCGUCAUGGUCUUUCAACAUCAACAAGCUUUCUUGCCAAAGUGUUAAAGAUAUUCUAAAAAUCACUAAUGAAGAAAUGGGCAGCAAUCUAGCCACAGAGGAUAGCACAGUGGAGAGGAUAGCAGACCGGUUCAAUUCCUCUCUCUUGUUUGAUGGUGCCGACCCUCGUAUGGCAUACACUGUCAGAGAUCCGGUAACAAACAGAGUCUACCAGUCUGACAUGCCUAGGGGCUUUGCAAGGAAGUUACAACUCAGUUUAUGAACUUCAAGAAGACCGGUGACCCAAUGACGACUGUUUCAGGUUGGGGGAAGGAUUCUGUCAGUGUCACAAAGUGGAUGGGGGUAGAAUUGUGCCGCGCCAUCGGGCCAGGAGUACAGGUCACCAGAUUGCCGCUUCAUCUACUGAAGACGCACAUUUCCACCUUCAACAGAGGCUACCUGUAGUUAUUUGAGAAAAAUAAUGUUUGGAAAUUUGACUAUUUAUUUUAAUAAAUUUAUUAAUAAACAAAACUUCUGGAUUGUUUCCAUGAUAUUUUAUAUAUUAAAUCAUUUCUGUCUUUACUUGUCUUGACAUUAAUGUAAAAUCGAUCUAAUAUUUCUCAGAAGGGGGAAAAUUACUUGGGCAAUGAACAAUGCAUCUGAUCUGUUCUUCGUUGCACGAUACACAGGAACCCUCUCUGUGACAAAGUCUCAUGCACUGCAGAUCCAGAACACAGGUUUUCUGAAAGAUAAAGCAUGAUGAACAUUGUAUUUUUUUAAACAGAAUUUGUCAUUUCAUAGUUCAUAAAUUCAAUAUAAAUAUGAUUUAUACAAGGUUUUAAUGAAAUUCACAUCUGCAAUAUCAUAAUUUACCUUCCGAUUCAAGGUGAUAAUUUUUUAACAUUCAUUUUCCUUGCUUUCAAAUACUAUGUUCACUUUUGUAAAUUUAAUAACAAACCCCCAAUAUUGUGGAAUUCAAAGCUUGUUCGAAAGAUAUUAAAUGUUUUUGUCAUAGAAAAAUGGUAAAUUACCUGUACAUUUUGAAAAAUGGAGAUUUGAUAUUUAAUUUGUCUCAUGUAUCUGUCUCUACACACUUAUACCUGCUUAAGUGCUGUUCUGUUUAAUCAUGUAAAAAGCUUGUUCAUUUGUUUGAUUUAUAUUGUAAUUUUUACUUUGAUCAAUAAAGAUUGAAAGAAAACAAAAAUUUACCUUCUGAUACAGCUUCCUCAGCAAGUUCAUCUGGUGAGGUUCCCGAGGUGGUAGUACUCACUGAUGCCAACUGCGAUGUGUCAGCGGUUGAUGAGGUCUGCAUGGCACCAGGAUUGUUCUUUUCACCCACAGCAGAAGGUUUUACUGGUGUGUUGUCUGGGAGUAGAAGCUGAGUUGAGGUCCACUUGCUCACAUAAUCCUUGUUCAAAUCAUCUCCAUUUGUUGUCAUGCAAGGAAUACAAAAGCAUGACAAUGUCCUGUGGAACAACUCUAAUGGACCUCCACCAUUCUUCACACAGGCAAUUUUCCGUGUGUCUUUGACAGCUUUGACUGGGCCUGGUCUUUCAUGGUUGAUGUCACUCAAAGGAAUGUAGAAUUCUCUCCUAAACGGCAUGCAAGGGCCAUCAUUGCGAGUUAGUUCCUCUUUGGCAAAUUUAUAUAGUAACAAAGCAUUGGGUAUUCUUGCAGUUGAAGUACAAACUGCCAUUGAGGCUUUCUGUUUCACUACAGCACUUUCUCCAUCGGAAGGCCCCUUUCCGUGCCUUGCACCAAAGAAAUGGUGAUCUGUUGGGAGCUCUGCAUGGGCGAUAUCUAAGAAGGCAUUGAUCGUGAUCACUUUGAAGUGUGUGUUUUGACACCAUUCACACAAGCAGCCCCUCAAUGUGUUCAACCGCAUGGGCUUAAUGUGCUUUGGGCGUAGCAUGAACUAGACGUCUUUAUUUUAACUUCUGGAUUAGCCUGCUGGAAUUAUUUGAACAAUGAUGAGAUAGGCCUCUGUAACACAGCAGUUGAUCGCAUGGACUUUUUGCUGACAUAUUUCUUGUCGGGUAAUUGGGUUGCCUCAUCUUCAUAAAAUGAUCUAACCAUGACCUUCACCUCAUUGGGUAUGCUGAAUGGAUUGCUGUACUUCUCUUGUUUCUUCAAGUUUGCCAACAGCUUCGGCGUAGCACUGAAUGUAUUUUUUGCAAGAUGCUGCUUUUUUAGCAUUUUCAGACUCUGUAGUGAUGAAGCCAACCUACGUCUUGCAAGUCUUGGUUUUUUUUUGCGUUUAUUACGAUCCUUCUUCAAUUCCAGAGCCACAUUUGUUGUGAUGAUGCUGUCUGUGUCUGUCUUGCUAAGCUUGAUGCCUUUAUCUUGAAGGGCUUUCCGUCUUCUAGGGGUGGAGUGAAUGACAAAAUCACAUAUGGUGUCAGAGAAGAUGGUGGCAUUUGGUGACAGUUUUUUGCAAGUCCGAGAGAGAUAUUUCCGCUUGGCUUCAUGAGAGUGAUGAGGUGUGUCAUUUUUUUUUUUUUUUUUUGCAUUUGCUGCCAUUCUUCCUCUUGCAGUGUUUUCUCAGCGUCUGCAGCUUGUUGCUUUCUUUUUUCAAGUCUGUCCUCCUCUUAUCUCUGUUCUUUUUCUUUCUUUUCUUCCUUGAUUUUCUUUGUCUGUUCUUCAAGCAUCUUCUUUCUGGAAAAUUCUUGCAGUUCUUUGUCUUUGAUUCUAUUUGUCCUUUGCUUCAUAUUGUACUCUUUCCUCUUCUCUGCGGACCAUGUCUCCCUUUGUUUUCUCUUUUCCAUUCUCCACUUUUCUUGCUGCCUUUUCUCUUUUGCUUUCUGACUCUUUGAUUUUGGUUUGUUGUUGUUUUUUGCUAUGGCACGUUCCGCUCUCUGCCUCUCCCUGAACCGCCUCACUCGUUCUCUUGUUAGCUCCCUUUCCCUUUCCAGCUUCUCCCCUUCCAAGGUGGCAUCUCGAUGACGUUUGUAUAUCUGCUCAUGUUUUCUCAACUCUGCAUAUUUCUCGUGCUUGCGUUCUCUCAUGUGAGUUCUCCAAUGCACUUUUUUCUCCUUUGAGCGAACGGUGGCAGUCGAACUAGAAGCCUCAUCAUUUGUACUCCCUCUUGACUGCAACUUUAUCCGAAGAGGUGGAAGAGGUCCCAUGCUUAUCUGAAUUAUGAAAAUUGAAAAAUCAAUUCUUAAAAUCUAUAUAUAUUGCAAUAAAAAUUGACACUGAAAAUAAUCACACAUGAUUUUGCUUUCUGAUAAAACAAACACCCACCCCCUAUCCUAACAUAUAAAUAUAUCAAAAUUUUAAACACACACAAAAAUGGGGGGAAAAAAUAAGAGAAUAAAAAAGAAAAAUAAGUGCUGAAAAGUUUAUCAACAUUCAACACCAUAAGAAAAGUUUUGGGAAGGUAACCAGAACUACAGCUUAGAAUUAAAGAUAAUUGGAAUAAGGCCAUGCAUCAUCAUGCACAAAGCACACCUACUAUGUGUGUUGUGUGUGGGGGGGGUAGUAACAGAAAUUAUUUUGGGGGCCUCGUCUCCAAGAUAAGCUGACAAGCAAAAAAAAGGAAGAAAUUGCCCCCUGGGUGCUGCCACUGGUUCUAAAGUCUCAGUUUUUAUUGCAAAUUCAAAACCGAUGACAAGCAAAAUAUAAAGGGGGGGGGGGCAAUUGCCCGCCUCCCUCAUGCCGCCACUGGUUUUAAAUUUUCAGUUUUUAUUGCAAAUUCAAAUUUGCUUUCUGACUCUUUGAUUUUGUUUGGUCUUUUUGUUUUUGUUUUUACCGUGGCAUGUUCCGCUCUCUGCCUCUCCCUGAACCGCCUCACUCGUUCUCGUGUUAGCUCCCUUUCCCUUUCCAGCUUCUCCCCUUCCAAGGUGGCAUCUCGAUGACGUUUGUAUAUCUGCUCAUGUUUUCUCAACUCUGCAUAUUUCUCUGGCUUGCAUUCUCUCAUAUGAGUUCUCCAAUGCACUUUUUUCUCUGUUGAGCGAGCUGUGGCAGUCGAGCUAGAAGCCUCAUCAUUAGUACUCCCUCUUAACCGCAACUUUAUCCGAAGAGGUCCCAUGCUUUAUAUCUAAAUUAUGAAAAUUGAAAAGUAAAUUCUUAUGAAAAAAACUUGAUUGUGUUACAUUUUCUUUUGUUCACUUGUAAUGUGUAUACAUGUUUUUAAAAUUUCUAUAUAAAUUGCAAUAAAAAUUGGCAUUGAAAAUAUGUAGGGGGCCUAAUCACACACGCUUUUGUUUUCAGAUAAAAAAACACCUACCCCCUAUCCCAACAAAUAAAUAUAUAAAAACUUAAAACAAUGAGAGAAAAAUAAGUGCUGAAAAGUUUAUCAACAUUCAACACCGUAGGAAGUUUUGGGAAGGUUACCAUAACUACAGCUUAGAAUUACCGGUAAUUGGAAUAUGGCCAUGCAUCAUCAUACCAUGUGUGGGGGGGGGGGUAGUAACGGAAAUUAUUUUGGGGCCUCCCCUCCAAGAUCUGACGAGCAAAAAAAGGGGGCAAUUGCCCUCCCCCUGGCCAUGGCGCUGCCACUGCCUGGUUUCUAAAUUAUCAGUUUAUACUGCAAAUUCAAAUUGGAUCAUCAUAUGUGUAAGUUUGAUACCCAUAUUACUGAGAUAUAACUCUGAAUCAGUAGAAGUAAGUCCCAGAUUAGGUACACAUUUCAAAAAGGAUAAAUUUUGUGCCAAAGUUGAGAUGUCAUAUAGGCUACAUCAGACAUAUUAGGGCCUUAGGCUUAGCCUAGCUAGAGGCUAGAGUAGAGCAGUUUCUGAGUCGUCUCGGUCCAUAUCAAAUUUUUGGUGUAAACAAAAUGAACUAAAUUGCGAUUGAAACAUGUUAGCUAGCAUUCAAAACAUGCCUGCACGGAAUUCCAGUAAUAAAAACAUUAUUUUCAUUGGGGCCGUUCAGCAAAUCUGGAACGAAAACGGCGAUGUCUCGAUUACAUUUUUCUUUAAUUACACGGAAAGAUAUAUGUGGGACUGUAGUAAAAGAUUU